AUUGCUAGUAAUUAGUCAUCAUUUAGUGGCUUUCAUUCCGAGUUGAUAUUUUGCAUGAUGAUUCAUAUGCUUGACAUUUCUAGGUAAUAGUUUAAUAAAGUGAAAGUGCGUAUGCGUGUAUAAUGAAAAGGAGAAAAUAAUGCGAUUGCCUACGAAUGCUUUGACGUUUUCAUAGAAAGUGUGCGAAAAAGUAUUUGACGUCCGUCAAAGGGAUGUCAGACCCACGUACAACCGAGUCUUUAAUAGGCUUUAGGGAAAGAUAGGGACAGAAAAAUAGUGAGAGAGAGAGACUGAUUGUGGAGUGGAAUUAUUUUGGUUUUAGUUGAGUUCUUUUUUAGUUCGGAAAUCUGAACAAUUCAUGUUUUCUGCAGUAAAGUUUAUUAUCAUUAAAGAAAGUGUUUCUAACGUGAAUUUGGUGUAAAAAGUAAUGGGAAAUUUGGGAAUAUGUUGCAUGAAAUAGCAGGAAUAAUGUACAGUGAUGACUAUUGCCUUAAAAAUAUCCCAGACUGGACAUAGCAGCAGUAGUAGUAGUAAUAGUAACAUUAAUAUCAACGGCAACAACAACAUUAAUAAGAGUGUAAACUGUGAUACGAUAAUAAAAGACAAGUCUGUCUGGUGGCAGCCACAGUUUAUGUCCAAGGAAUAUCAGCCUGUUCUGCAGCACUCGCCAAGAACACUCAUCAAAGAUAGUGAAGAUAUGGCCAAAGAGCAAGUAACCAGAAAGUGGGAAGUGUUUGCUGGCAGGAACCGGUUUUAUUGUAAUGGCAGACUCAUGACUGCACCACACUCGGGCAUGUUCCUACUCACUGUAUUCCUCAUCACAGGCACCAGUGUACUAUUUUUCAUAUAUGAUUGCACUUACCUGGCAGUCAAUGUAACAAUCGCAAUCCCGAUAAUAGGGGGGCUCCUAUUCCUAUUCACGAUUUCUGCGCUACUGCGGACGUCGCUCACAGAUCCAGGCAUUAUACCUAGGGCCACCUUCGAAGAAGCUGCGUACGUCGAAAAGCAAAUAGAGGUGACGAAUUCCGCCAACAGUCCGACAUACAGGCCGCCACCGAGGACCAAGGAGGUGCUCGUCAAGGGUCAAACCGUGAAGCUGAAGUACUGCUUCACCUGCAAGAUUUUUCGACCUCCGCGAGCUUCGCAUUGCAGUCUCUGCGAUAAUUGCGUUGAUCGUUUCGAUCAUCAUUGUCCAUGGGUGGGUAACUGCGUAGGUAGACGGAACUACAGGUUCUUCUACAUGUUCAUCGUGUCACUGGCUUUUCUCGCUGUGUUCAUCUUCGCGUGUGCCAUUGCUCAUCUGAUUUUAAUAAGCAAGGAAGAUGGGCAGUUCCUGGAGGCGGUGAAAGCAUCACCUGCAAGCAUGGUGGUAGCUCUGAUAUGUUUCUUCAGCGUGUGGAGUAUCUUGGGGCUGGCCGGCUUUCACACCUAUCUCACUACAAGCAACCAAACGACCAAUGAAGACAUCAAGGGCUCGUUUGCUUCGAAGAGGGGCCAGGACCCAUUCAAUCCCUAUUCCCAGGGCAACGUUUGCCUGAACUGUCUGCACAUCCUGUGUGGUCCCAUAGGUCCAUCGCUUAUCGAUAGACGCGGCCUCGUCACAGACGAGUAUAAACUCGAGGUCAGCAAGAACGCCACCAUCACUAUAGAACCGUCGCUGCCACUGAAACCGUACGGUGCUGUUGCCGCUGCCGCCGCUUUACAGAAUGGUCCGCAUUUGGCGUCCGAGAUAGCCGGAGUUUACCGACAGACGACGGAGAACACGGGUACGUACGCGCCAAUCAAAAAGCAGCUGCAACGCGCCCACCAGGUCACGCCCGCUGGAGGCGUGCCGCUGAAUCCGUCCCCAAUUUACUCCCCUCGUUACUACUACUACGACGGUUACGCACCGCCCCGGUACCACCAACAAUACCAAUACAACCAUCACCUUCAACACAUCGAUCAUCAUCGAUACUGCGCCGCCCCAGACCGAUACGCCCGCAACGACGUCGAUUACGAUGAAUAUGCCGCCGCCGCCUUCGGUGGUGGUGGUGGUAGGGGCGCGGCGCUGCUGGGGGAGGCGGUCACUACCGUCGCCGCCGCUGCAGCCGACAUCCGCAACAGCAAUUCGCUACCGCAAUCGACGACUUCGCCGCUUCCACCGCCCCCUCCUCCGGUGCGUUGCGUACCCUCUGCGCUGCCGAACAUUUACAGUACAAAUUUCGAUCGUUAUUUUGAUGGGGCGACGACCGCGCGCCGCCCCAACUACACGCCCCCCGAGAAACGAUACAGUUCCACAUUCGGGCUGCGACAGGUCGCCGAUCGGCCGCAACGCCGCCCCCACAGCGGCGGCUUUGUUUACCGCAACGUACAUGCCACGGAGGAAGAGAGAGAGGAGGAAGAGGACCUCUGUAACUCGAACGAAUGUCAGCAAAGUGGUGCGCGAUCGCGGCAGGGCAUCUACAGCGUCGCCAACGUCAAGGUCAAUAAUUUCCCCACUCCGGAAUUCAGCCGGCUCUAUAUACAAAACAAUCUAGGCUAAAUUACUACAAUCAAACAAGACAAAAACGAAACUCGAUGUCAUCUAAUAUCGAAAUCUUGCAAAUUAAAACUAUUGCAUUUAAAUCUGCGCCAAAUACAACCAAUUAAUUGACGAUAAUAAUGAUGAUGUUAAACAUAAUAAGCUAUAAUACGAAAAACUGCAAUACAGUGGCGUAACUGGAAUACAGUGAUAAAUCAAUAUGAUGCAAAUUUAUGUGAUUCGCUUCUUUAAGUUUCAUCUUCUUUCUUCCGUAACGGCUUCUUAAAAAGUUUAGCGGUCCGUCCAAUCAACAGAUUUAAUAAAAUAUUAAAUAUGCCGUUCACUACCAUUUGACGAAUCAAAUGGUAGUGAACGGCAAUUCUGGUUACGCCACUAAAAAUAUAAACCCCAUUACUAUGACAUUUACGUUCCACUUCAUCUUUAUUUCGUAGAUGUACAAAUGCAACUUUUUAAUGUGUUUAUUUGUUAAUAAUCUCAAUUGUUAUUGUACUCUCAUUUUGCUGUAUGUACUAUUUGUGUUAUUGUUACCAGUGUUGUGAUGAUGAUGUGUUUUUCUGUUAUCUUUUUCGAUUCCUCCCAUCUGAGGGUGUUGUGUUGUGCAAGCAUGUAAAGCAAGCAUGCAUGACGUUUUUCGAUCGAAGAGACAUUGAAAUUGAGAAAUUUCAUAAAACUUCCUUGUAUCUUUCCUAACUCUUUCGUUCUCUCUCUCUUUGUAUGUAUAUGUGUAUUUAUUUCUAUCCCUCACCAAUAUCAAUAUUACCUUGCC